GCCGAAGGGUGCACAUGGGCCUAGCGAUGGAUCGCGGGGCGCCCUACUCGCGGGCGCUGCAUAAGGCGGGCGGCUCGGAGCGAGGCUGCUGGUACUACAUGCGUUACUUCUUCCUCUUCGUCUCCCUCAUCCAGUUCCUCAUCAUCCUGGGCCUGGUGCUCUUCAUGGUCUACGGCAACGUGCACGGCGGCACCGAGUCCAACCUGCAGGCCACCGAGCGCCGCGCCGACGGCCUCUACGGCCAGGUCGUGGGGCUGUCGGCCACCCGCGCCAACCUGACCAAGGAACUCAACCUCACGGCCCGCGCCAAGGAAGCCAUCAUGCAGAUGCUGCUGGGCGCCCGCCGCGACCUGGACCGCAUCAACGCCAGCUUCCGACAGUGCCAGGCAGAGCGGUCCACCCACCUGGGCCAGCAGCGCUACAUGGCCGCCAUCAUCCUGAGCGAGAAGCAGUGUCAGGAACACCUGAAGAACACCAACAAGAGCUGCGAUGCUUUGCUGCUCGCCCUGGACCAGAAGGCCAAGACGCUGGAGGCGGAACUGGCCAAGGAGAAGGCCGUGUGCACCAAAGACAAGGAGGCCCUGCAGCUGAGCAAGCGGCUGGCGGAGGAACAGCUGGCCGAGUGCGGGAGGACGCAGGCCCAGCUGCAGCAAGAACGGCGCAUCGCGGAGGAGCGGCUGCAGAAGGUGGAAGCCCUCUGCCACCUCUUCGACAAGGAUAAGUUCGAGACCACCCUGCGCGACCUCUGGAGGGACUCCAUCAUCUCGCGAGCCCUGGACAGCCUGGGUUAUAACCCCUACAUCGGCUCGGAGGUGGCCUCCAUCCGCAGGACCUGCGAACACAUGCCCACCCUCAUGACCACCAAGGUGGCGGAGCUGGCCCACAGCCUGCGCGCCGACAUCGACCGCGUGGCCCGCGAGAACGCGGACCUCCAGCGCCAGAAGCUGGAGCUGGAGCGCAGCCUGCAGGCCGCCCAGGAGUCCAAGGAGAAAGCGGUCAAGGAGGCGCAGGCCCGGGAGGCUAAACUCCAAGCCGAGUGCGCCCGGCAGACCCAGCUCGCUCUGGAGGAGAAGGCCACUCUGCGGAAGGAGCGCGAGGGCCUGGCCAAGGAGCUGGAGGAGAGGAAGAAGGAGAUUGAGUAUCUCAAGAUGCAGAUGGCCGUCAGCGCCUCGGCCCUGGACACCUGCAUCAAGGCCAAGUCCCAGACGAUGUCUGUGGCCUUGCCAAGACCCGUGGGCCCUCUCCCCAACCCCCAGGCCAUCGACCCAGCUGCCCUGGAGGAAUUCAAGAAGAAGAUCCUGGAGUCCCAGCGGCCCCCUGCAGGCAAUGUGGUAAUCCCCUCCAGUGGCUGAGGAGGUACCAGGCCUCAAGGACCGAGGGGGCCCCCCCGACCUGACGGUGCAGAAGAUGCUCGCAGGGGCAACACAGCAGCCCCACCACCACCACCCCCAAGCCCGGGCCGUGCCCACCCCCACCUGACACCCAGCCCCACAGCCCUUUCCCACAGACACGGGAUGACACCUCACGCAAGGAGCGUGCCACAGGCAGAGCCAACGACUUCACGUACAGGAGAGACAUCGACGGCAGCGUCACCCACAGACACACGAUCACCAGGUCACACUGACACGGUGGCCGUGAUGGCACCCAC